AUGGCACCAAAGUAUGACAAUUCCAAGUUGGCUCAACUGGUUGAGUCAAACAAGUUAAAGUGUCAGUUUACCAAUAGACCGUUGAUAUCAGAAGACAAGGUUUCUGCUGAUCACAUGGAAGUGAAUGUCAAUGGUCAUAAGGUCGCAUAUUUCCGUUCAUUCUGUUCAUUUAAGAUGAAUUUACUGAUUGGAAGAAUAGAAAUGAUUUUCAGAAAGAAGGGGAAUGAUAAAAAUGAAACUCUUUCUUACUUUAGAACAGUGUUGGACUGUAUUAGAUCGCCAAGAGAUCUUGAACAAGAAGAAAUAGCUUGCAAAAUUACAAUUUCCAGUACUCAUUUCGAAGAUGGAAAGUAUUAUUCAAGAAAAGACGUUCAAAAGAUGAUAAAGGAGCACUCUAAAUAA